AUGAAGGCGGUGCAGAUCACCGGCAGCAAAGGCAGCCACCAAAUCACCCUGACCCAUUCGCUGCCCGCGCCCACUGCCCAGGGUCGUGAUAUCCUCAUAAAGGUCUGCGCGGCAGGCAUCACCGCCGACGAGGUGACGUGGCCCGAGCUGUACGACUCCUCCAACCGGGUGCCGGGCCACGACGUCUCCGGCAUCGUCGAGGCCGUCGGCCCUGAAUACGACGGACCUGCUGUCGUCGGCGAUGGCGUCUUCGCCAUGCUUGGCACCUCGACGGACCAGGGCUCCCAGGCCGACUACGCCGUCGUCUUGCCCGACGAGAUCGCCCCGAAGCCGGCAUCGCUUUCCCACGCGCAGGCCGCCGCCCUGCCCAUUCCCAUCCUGACGGCCUGGGAAGCAAUCUUCCAGCACGCCGAGCUGGCCAGCGGCUCCAAGGUGCUCGUCACCGGUGCUUCGGGAGCCGUGGGCGUCAUGCUCGUGCAGCUGGCGAGUCGGCUGCUGGGCGCUCACGUCACAGGCCUCGCCGCGGCCUCCAAUCACGCCUACGUUCGAGACCUGGGCGCAAGCCACGUCUUGGACUACAAUAGCCCGGACUGGGAGAGCGCCGUGUCCGAAAUGGACGCCGUGUUUGACACGGUGGGAGGGCAGACCCUCGCCAAGUCGUGGAACACGGUCAAGAAAAACGGCGUCGUCGUGACGGUCGCCGAUCCGCCUCCGCCAUGGGCCCUCGGAAAGGAAGAGCCCGAGGAACUGCGCCGGUACCCUGAUGUGAGAAAGGUGUACUUUGUUGUCACGUCUCAGGGCAGCACAUUGUCGAAAGUGGCGGCGCUGCUCGAAAAGGGCGAUGUCAAGCCGCUGCCAGUUAAAGUGUUUCCGGCUGAGGACGCCCUGGCCGCUUGGGCAUACGCACGCAAGCGAGGCAGAGAGGGGAAGGCCGUGAUUGAAUUUCUUGCCGGGGACUAA